AUGAGUCUGCAUGGGCUCGGGGUGAUUGGGGCCCAGGUGGCCGCGUCCAUCAAGAGUAACGAUGAGAAACACUCUUCGACACCAAGAAUCCAGUCGCCGCCGACGUCAGUUCAAUCGACUCCCUCGAUGCACGAAGCCCGGACGCACGAAUUUGACCCGUCGAUCGGAGCUAAGCCAUAUUCGCCGUUCUAUCGCCAUAGCUCGCCAACCAUCUCAUAUGAGCAGCUGACUUUCGAGACUAAGAACGCCAGCCGCGAACGAAGUGGCCUGCGGGAUAUUGAAAAUGCCGGCCCCUAUGCGACAAUGCGAAACGACAGUCCUCGACGAUCGAAGCUCUGGGAAGCACAGAACCCGCCACGCUCUUGCAUGCAGUCAUUGAGUACGAGACAGCGGAUGGCGCUGAAGGCUGUGGUUGCGAUCGUGACGGUCGGAACCAUGAUCGCGAUCGCGUUGGGCAUCACAGCUGCAGUAGGAGGAGCGGCUUGGAGAGACAGUGCUGAGCAGACCGCGUUGGGGGGAUGA